GGCGCUGCGCGGUUCGGCGCCUCCUCCGGUGCCGCUCUAGGCGGGGAGGCGGUAGUGAGCGGCUCAAGAUGGCGGAGGGGGGCUCUGUGUGCAGCUUCGUCUUCAAGAAGCGGGGGCUGGCGGCGGGCAGGGGACGGCGCAAACGGCCUAGCAGCGACCAGGAGCAAGAGAGCAGCGGGGAGGAGGGCAGCACCGUGGUGAGGAAGGAGCGGCGGCGGGAAGCUCCCAACCCCAUGAUCCAGAAGACCAGGAAAUGCACGAAGGAAAAGGCCUCCUAUGCACUGAGCAGCAGCGAUGAGGAGGAUCCAUCAAAGGAGAUUGGAGUCACCUACAAAUCAACCAGGUCUGCGAAACCUGUGGGCCCAGAAGACAUGGGAGCCACAGCAGUGUAUGAGCUGGACACAGAGAAAGAGAAAGAUGCCCAGGCCAUCUUUGAACGCAGCCAGAAAAUCCAGGAGGAGCUAAGAGGAAAGGAAGAUGAUAAAAUUUACCGUGGUAUUAACAACUACCAGAAGUAUGUGAAGCCCAAGGACACAUCCAUGGGAAAUGCCUCCUCAGGAAUGGUCAGGAAAGGUCCCAUCCGGGCUCCGGAGCACCUGCGGGCGACCGUGAGGUGGGAUUACCAGCCUGAUAUCUGCAAAGAUUACAAAGAAACUGGAUUCUGUGGCUUUGGAGACAGCUGCAAAUUCCUCCACGACCGCUCAGACUACAAGCACGGCUGGCAGAUCGAACGGGAGCUGGAUGAGGGACGCUAUGGAGUCAAUGAUGAGGAGAACUACGAGGUGAGCAGUGAUGAGGAGGAUAUGCCUUUCAAAUGCUUCAUCUGCAGAAGUUCCUUCAAGAACCCCGUGGUCACCAAGUGCAGGCACUACUUCUGUGAGAGCUGUGCCCUCCAGCACUACCGCAAAUCCCAGCGCUGCUACGUCUGUGACAAACAAACCAACGGGGUCUUCAACCCAGCCAAAGAGCUGAUGGCAAAAUUGGAAAAACACAAAGGGGAGGAAGAGGAGGAGGAGGAGGAGGAGGAGAAAGAAGAGCAGCAGCACUCAGACCACGCAGAGGAUCCUCACUAGCAGAGCCCUGUUUUGUAUCUUGCUGAAUAAAGAUUUUAUGGGAGAAAAAAAACAACCCAAAAACCCCACUUCACAGCAGUCAGUACACAGUGCCCUGACUGCUGGGCUCUGUGGAGGCACCAGACAGAACAGGUAAGAGGAGGAACAAGUUGUGCUCUCACCACACAGCCAGCAGCACCCCAGCACUUGCCCCCAGGUGUCCCUGGGGGAGGAGGUGCUGAAAACCCAGCAGUCCCUUCAUAACCUUUUGUUUUGGGUUUUUUUUUUUGACCCAAGUGCUGUUGUUUCACUCCUAAUUUAGCCCUGAUCCUGCUGGCUUCCUCCUGCAGUGGAAGCAUCAAGCUGUCUCCAAGUUUAUGGAGUGAAAUUAUCAUGGUGAAAGCAUGGAAAGGGCUGAGGCAUCUCAGCUUGGCAGUCAGUUCAUCCUUCACCCCAAAAAUGCAAACUCUGGGCAAAGCAAGCUGGAGGGCUGCAGGAUUUUUGGAUUGAGGAGAGCUCAGUGAUUCCCUUCUGACUUUUGUGCCUGGCUCUUGGUUCCUUGGAUUCAAGAGAGGUUUAGAGGGCUGCACCUCCUGAGUUGUCCCUCCAGCUGAGGAAAAUCUCCAAACCACUACUAAAGUCCUAAAAGGUUGUGCUGAGCAGCUCAGUCCUUGUCCAGGCUUGUGGGAGAGGGGAAAGGAUUUUCACAAGCUGCAGCCUCCCUAAAAAGCAAGGAAAAUAAAGACAUUCCUUAAUAAAAUUGAAUCUGGACCCAAACCUGAUCCCUGCCCUCACAAACACUCCUGUGUUUGACUGAAACUUUUAGAAAAAAGAGCAGAUUA